AAAAGGUCUAUAAACCACCUUUACCUCCCAUUUACAGAGUCGAGCGAGAAAGAAAGAGAGACACGCUUCUGGUCAGUUUCGUUAAACCCGCCGGAGAUAUUAGCGACUACGGUGGUCUUACUCUUCUGACGUCGUAGAAUUCAUCGGAAUUUCUGCGUUUGCCAGUCAGAUUCACCGGAACUUCUGGAUCCUCCUGACAAAAGUUCCCAACAUUGAAAAUCCUCACUUUUUGGAUAAAUUCUUCAGCUGGGACGAUCAGAGAGAUAGCUUCAAAAAUGUCGUCAUCGUUAGAACAAGAAAUCUUCUUACAGUGGGGAAACAAGAAGAGAUUGAGAUGUCUUAGAGCCAAAGACAAAAAGAUCUCUCGCAGUAAAAACUCUUCCCGCUUUCUAGGUCAAGAUACCUUCCUCCUUCAAUCCACUAGAUUCUCCAGAGGAUCAGAAGGAGCAAUCCUCAGAUCUGGACUACCAGAUCGCCGGCUGGAGAAAGAAGAGAGGUAUUAUACGACGAGAGGUGUAGUUGAUAACAUUGGGAAAGUUUGUUUAGAUGAAAACAAUAAUAAUGGAGAAGAUGGCAACAACAAGGAAGAGAGUAUGUGGCCUAAGCUGUUUAUAACAUUAUCAAACAAAGAGAAAGAAGAAGAUUUCAUGGCUAUGAAAGGUUGCAAACCUUCUCAUAGGCCUAAGAAGAGAGCCAAACUCAUCCAAAGAAGCUUACUUUUGGUGAGUCCUGGAACAUGGUUGGCUGACUUGUGCCCAGAUAGAUAUGAUGUUAGGGUGAAGAAGAGCUCUAAGAAGAGGCGAGCAAGAGGGCUAAAAGCUAUGGGAAAUAUGGAGACUGAUUCAGAUUGACAUGUUUUAACAUUAGUUUAUUAAUUAGAAAUGUUUGCGUAUUGAUCUAAGCUAACUUCCGUGGGUUUACUUAAGCAAUCUUAAAAAAGUAUUUUAGAUGAAAUUAUUCGGUUGAGCAUUUUGAAUUAUAAUUCACAAGGAAAUAUCAUUUCUUUUGUGACAAUGUAUGUUCUUGUUGUAACUUGUAACUCUAUCAAAAUCUAUUGUUUCAGAUAAUGUACUGUUGUCCUAUUUGGCAUAACUUAAUCAUGGGCUCAAGUGUAACCAA